AUGUUGCUCACAUUAUCGCAGCCCGGGAAAUCAGAUUUUGGCGCACGUACUACGCAUGACUUUAAAUCACCGCAAUUACCCAGAUAUUCUCCAAAGUCUAUGAUGAACGACGCUGUACGACCUCCACUGCCGGCCAGUAUCACCCCGACCAUGUCGAACCAACAUAGAGGCUUGCCUCCACCAGCUGCCAUGACCCUGCCGGAUCCAGGGAGAGGCCCUCCAAGGAUUCCUCCGCCACCUCCUCCGGUGCAAGCGCCGGCGCAUAUCCAUCAUGAAGCACAAAGGACACAAUGGCAGGAUGAGGCAGAGUCAUCACGCAAUUGGCAUGCGACUAGGGUUGAAGAGGAGAGAAGAAGGCAAGAGGAAGAGAAGACACGGCAAGAGACGUUACGACUUGAGCAGAGACGGGUUGAACACUCCAUGUUGAGAGAGUCGAUGCAGGGUGGUAUUCCUCCGCAUAUGGUUCCCAUGAUCUUUGCAGGCAUUGGCGGUGCCAACCUUGCGAACUUUAGUCUGGAAGUGUUGCAGCAGUAUACCACUCAGUUGCAAGCCGCUCAACAACAACUCCAACAGCCUGGACAUGAUGAAGGAAGGGAAAGGAGAAGCAUCAACCAACCUCCUGCUCCGUACGCAUUACCUUCCCAACCUCAAUCACAGGCUCAUCCUGGCCCUCAACAACCCCCACCACCGCUGGCUGCUCAUCAAUCGACCUUUUCUGCAUUCCAAUCCACCUCUCCUCCAGGCAGACGGAUUCCUGGAGCGCCUCGGUCAUCCGUGGCUCAAUCCACCUUGCCUCGUCUGACAACUGGAGACAUGCAAAUCAACCCGCCUCCAUCUGCACCGAGCAGCGCUCACCCUCUGCAUCAGACUCAAACAAUCCAACAAGACCAGCCGGCCUCGUCCCCGUCCAUCUACUUCCACCACUGGGUGCCACCGACGUCACAGGCUGACUCCAAGUCGGGUAACCAGCCGCAAACUCCAGUCACGGGCACAGGUGCAUCGCAAAACUCUGAAGGAGGCCACCACACAGAUAGCCCUCGCAAGCGCAAGAACCAGCAGGCCCAUCAGCCACCUCCACCUCCGUCGUCGCUUCCGACUCAAUCUCAUUCAAGCCCGAGUUUUUCCACGACCUCCUCCGGCCGUAAAGGUGGUCCUGCGCAUGAAUUAGCUCGUAGCAAUGCCUCGCCUCGUGCUAUUCCCGGUGCCGGUCAAACUCCGAGUCGUCGUGAUAGUGGUGCCCCUGGUACGCAUCUAGACUUUGUUUAUGAGAGAGGUGCGCCUCCAAGCAAGAGUCAGCAACAGCAUCAUCACCCCUCGUCUCACCAUUCGACCGCUCCUCCUAGUCCGAAGAGGGAUGCUCGUCACCAAUAUUGA